CCGACGCCGCCGCCUCCGAAUACGACGACUGGCCAGUUUCGCUACAACUGUUGCUCCCUGAAAAUAUCAGCUGAAACGCGACACCGCGGACCGAAACCGUCACGCGACAACUUUCCAAAAACAACAACAAAAUCAACAACAACAACAACAAAAAAACAAAAUAAAGUACGUGUAAUAUAGUGAAAAAUACAAUGGACUUGUUGUAGUGUGGAAACAAAACAAACAAAAAAAAACAAAACGCAACUUUUGUUUUCUUUUGUUAAUAGCAGUUUGUUUGCAGUGCGUUACGACCAAAUGGGAUUUUAAGUGGAAGCAGAGAAUUUGCAGAACACAGGGACGGCCGAAGGGGAAUGCGCACAAAAAAUGCAGAAGCCGAUUCGAGAAAGCGGAUUGAAGCGGUUUUGGUCUGCUGUAAGAUCGUCGAACAGCAGCUCGAGUUCGCAAUGCGAACAAGGUGGAUUAGGAGAUUCGUCUCCGACUGAAGAAACUAAACCUGGACCGAAUUGUUCCUUACCUUUACUCCAGGUGUGGCCCAGUUCGGAUUCACCACGUGGCGAGGCCGACGGCCAGAGUUUCGUCUUCCCAGCCUGCGCCGAAGACGCCGCAUCACAAGCUUCAACGUGCUGCGACGCCAACCAUCACGAUUCCGGCAUCGAAUCCACACAAGUGUCACCAUCACCUGUGGCAUGUAACUCGACGGCAUCUCCGAUCCCAUCGCCGACUCCUAGUGCGAGAAGACCGAGCAGUUCCUUACUCCAUCCCGAUCACGCGCGGAUAUUCCGGCUGUAUCCGUCUUCGUCGUCGCCGGAGCAGACUUCCAUCGAAGACAUGACCGACUUCCACAACGGUCACGCCUCGCCCUCCUCGAGCACGACUUCCAGUCUGACCUCCGUCGCUGCGGCCGUCACUGCCAUAGGGUCAAGGGCGAGCGAUCCCACGGACAGCAGAAGGAGAUCUUCAACAAUGACAGCCAGGUACUCUCUGUUCGAUGCUUUAGACCUGGAAUACGCGCUUCUGAGAGCUGCGGCUAGAGGAAGCGUGGGUCCCUACUCCUUGAGCGAAAGUCUGCACAAACUCACCUUCACUCAGAGCUUAGCUUUCCCGGCUCUGGCAAGAGGUUUGGCGAGCAAACGGAGAAGAUCCCAGCAGAACAACAACAGUCGCCCCCUGGAUCCCAACGAGAGUGGUCUAAACGCCUUCGCCAAAGUCGUGACGGCCUUGGUUCUCGUCCUAGUGAGCGUACUCGUGUUCGCUGUUGUUUAUAAGUUCGUGAGGACAUGAGGGUUGCUUCUCGCCCCAUCCGGGGCGAGAGUACGUCUGGCUUCACUCAAGAACUCCACCAUCCUCUUAACAGGCCUCAGAAACCCAGGAGAUGUGACGUGAAAAACCCAAAACAUCUUAAAGAAUCUAACACAACAAACAAACAAAAAAGAACUUUUUCUUCUACAUAAAACACACUAAAUACACACAAAUCGAAAACACUCACACACACACACAGGAAUUGUCUUUUGAUGUGGCUUUAAUAUUAAUUAAAAACCAACCUUUCGGCAGUUAUGAUUUGCUCAAAAGUUACGAUUUUCACAACGAUCCAUUUCGAAACGAAAAAAAAAAUGAAAUUGAAAAAUUAAACAAUAUCAAAGUUUGUUAAAACAAAAGCCUUUCACGAAACAAUUGUACAUUAUAAAUUGUAAGAAACAUAUUUGUAAAUAAGAUAUUUUAUAUUUAUACUCUUAACAAUAUUCUGGAUGUUGUCGAUCUCUUUAUUAUUUUCUUUUUCUUAUUCGUUAAGUUUCUUGGCUUCAAGUGAUGAAAAUGUUUUGGAUAAACCCCAGAUGCGUGUGUUAAUAAUAACAAUUAUUGUAUUGAUUGAUUUGCACAAACUGCCAGACGGACGGCGUCUUGUUAAUAUUUUUAUUAUCAAUAAUAUUUUACAAAUAA